AAAACUCCUCCCUUCCAUACGCCUUCUUCAACCAUAUCCCUACUCAUUGCAUUUUAAAAAAUUCAAACGCGAGGUGUAGGCCAUUUUAAAAUUGAAACACGAGGUGGUGGGGUAUUUUGCACACUCAUGUGUAUUGUUCUAGUAAAUACUCCACCACCUCGCAUUUCAAUUUUAAAAUAGUCCAGACCUCGCGUUGGAAUUUUUUAAAAUGUAAUGGGUAGGGAUAUGGUUGAAGAAGGCGCAUGAGGGAGAGGAGUUUUCCGUUGAUGUAAAGAUGGACCAUGGGGGAAGGAAUUUUCUUCAUUGUUGCACAAGGCGCCACGUCAACAACACAAAACGCAUGGGGGAGGCGCCAUGCAAAACGCCUUUCCCAUGCUUUUUUUAUGUCACGUGGCCAAAAUCACCUAUUUUGGUGAUUAAUUUUUUUUUUUUAAUUUAGUUUAUAUAUUUUUAAUUUUUUUAAUUUAUUGUUGUAAAAAAGGCGUCUCUUCACUUGCUUCUGUUCACCACAAUGGAGCCAUCACAAGAGUCCAUCAUCCAAGUGAAACAAGAACUCAUGGUUUCUCCACUCUCCGGCGAAAACCCACUUCACAGAACCGCAUAUUUCAUCCAACCGUGCAUGGAAGAGUCGCUAAACCUUCCUCAUUCCACCUUCUUUUCCGGAAGAGCAGCCACCAUCACUUCCAACCACGCUAAGCUUCCACUAGAAGUCAGAUACAACGGAUGGCACUACCCUCACGAAGAGUGGAAAACAUGGGUCCAACAAAUGCAGCACAAGCACGAACAUGUGUGGAUAAAAGCUGGCAUUCACCAAGCAAUCCAAGCUUCCACUUUUCAAAUCCGCAGGAAUGAUGAGCUGAUUCUUGAGCUUGCACAAAGGUGGUGCUCAAAGACCAACACCUUUGUGUUUCCAUGGGGAGAAGCAACUAUCACAUUGGAGGAUAUGAAGGUUUGUUGGGGCUAUUCUGUCAUGGGAGCUUCUAUUUUUAGCCCUCUUUUGAGUGAUGAGGAAAAGGAAGUGGAACAAGAACUGACUUCAGUGUUUAGAAGGUUUUUCAAAUCUAAGGCCAAAAGGGCAGAUCAUACGCCAUGGAUGAAGCAUUUCAUGAACAAUGAGAGCAAAGUAGAGCAUGAGGGGUUUUUAACUUUGUGGUUGUCAAGGUUUGUUUUCCCUGCUAGAUCAUACCAAACCAUUUUGAAAAGUGUUUUUCCUAUUGCCAUACAUUUAGCUAAAGGGAUUAAAUUAGCUCUUGCACCUGCUGUUUUAGCCAGCAUUUACAGGGAUUUGAGUUUGCUGAAUAACAUAAUCAGGACUGUGACAACAGUGCAGUUGGAGGUUACACUGUGGGCCCCUUUUCAGUUGGUCCAAGUUUGGGCCUUGGAGAGGUUUCCAGCACUGCAGCCACUUCCUAGUGUGAUUGAGCAAGGUCAACCCAUGAUGGCUAAAUGGCACAAAGUGAAAGUGUUCUUGAAGUUCACUUUCGACAUUUUAAGAGGUGGAAAUGACUUUGUGUGGCGCCCUUAUGUGAAUUCUCCACCUCUUACUCUUUCUAAUGAAGAAGACAUGUGGGUAUGCAACAAUCCCAACUUUUCUGAUGAAUUAGAAGCCUUUGGUCGCUGCUUGAGGGUCUCAGAGUUGGUUGGCAUGAAGUGUUUAGAACAGUACUGUCCAAACCGGGUUGCUAUGCAAUUUGGCAUGGAUCAGGACAUUCCUGGUAUGCUAUCACAUUACAAUGAGAAUCCUUGGAUAAGUUAUUGUCAGCCUGUGAUGGAUUCAAACUUGUACAUUGCAUUAUCUGCAUGCCACCAGCCAAAUGUUACUUCUAGGUACUAUCGCUGGUUGAAGCAAUCAUAUCCAGUUAAGGAAGAAGACAUGCAUGACUAUCAUGUUGUAAGUAGCUCAAAAUAUUUCGUACCAUUAUCAUCUGGGAAGAAAGAAGGUGAAGGAUCCUAUGGUCCACCACCUGGUUUUAGUUCCCAGAUUAAGAGAGAACAAGCCAAGGAUUUUGAUGAAGAUGGAAAGUUGUCAGUUAUUGAUUUAUCCAGUGGUUCUAGCGAAGAUAGAUGUUUUGAUGCCGAAGAAGUUGGAAGGGGAAGGGCUUUGUCCAGUCCUCAAUAUGUUGUUUUUCCAUCAAGUGUUGAAGGAGCAAGAAUUGACAAGGAUGAUGGGAAUGGAGUCAUAAUCCAGAAUUCAUUUUGUGAUGGAAAUGGUGUUAGUGACAUUGAAGGGGAAGAUGCCACCCUUUGUGUCAUAGACAGAGCUUCUAAUCUUGAAAGCCGGAUUGGGAAGGUUGAAAGAGUGAUUGCUAAGCUUAAAGCAGCAAAAUUUGGCCAUAAAGUUCAAAAUAUUGGAGUCAAAGCAUGGCCAUAAUGCUCCUUGCUUUGUAAAUUGAGACCGAGAAUCCUUUUUUGCCACUACAGAACAUAGUUCCUAAUCUAAGUAGUAGUAUAUAAUAGUAGAUUGCUAACUUGCAAUGUGUUGCUGCCCAUUUUCAUGUAAUGGUCCCCUUCUUUUGUACAACCUAUGGUAGCUGCCUUUAUUUUUACCAGGAAAUUAGCAAUAGUUAUAUCAAAGUGAGAUAUUUGAAUUUA